AUGUCUCACCACACAAACUAUCAAUUCCCUCCAUCCUCACCUUUACAUGAAUCGUCAGUGGCUGCCGCUGCUCAUGACGAUACUGAAUCGGUAAAGUCAAAGGACCCAUUUGCAUUUGGCGCGUUUACUACAUCAAGUAGCAAAUUUGAACCACUUGGUCAGCCCGGUCUGUUUGGUCAGUUGGGUAAAUUUGGUCAAUUUGGUCAAUUUGGUCAGCAACGCUUGGCUCGUGAGGAGUAUCCAACCCCGAAUCCAUCUUCGUCCUUAUUCCGCUCAUCCUCACCAGUUAAAGCUCAUGACCCAUUGAUUGAAAAUCAAAAAUCAGUACAGAUAAUACUUCCUACUGCAAGUAAAAGAACCGAAAAAGAAGCUAAUACCAUCUACAAUUAUCCUUCUAAAGUCGAUAUUGUCAACAACUCAACUACCAAUAAACAAAGAAAGGUUACCAUCAAUAAGGAUUUUAACUUGUUGAAAUCCGAAAAGUCGGUUUUGAGAAUCCCAUUUAAAUCAGAUAUAAGUAAAUUCUCGAUUGGUCGAUCAUCACGUAAAUGUGAGUUCCCUAUUGAUGAAAAGGAUACUCAUAUUUCUCGAGCACAUCUUAAUAUCGAAUAUACUGCUAACAGUGUCACAAUCGAAUGCUUGGGAUUAAAUGGAGUUGGUUUAGUUAUACCAAAACCUUGCUAUAUACACAACGCCGAGGAAAGUAAUCGGUACAAAGUCGAAGUGAAUACUAAGCAAAAACCUUUGGAUGUGUCAAAGAUUCAAAGCCCUUGGGUGGAGUCAGACGAAAACCAUACGGAAUUUCAUGUUCACAAGGGAGAGGUUGUGACAAUGCCAAGAUUGGAGAAUAUCAUGUUGGAAAUAUCCAAACAAGUCAUUUUGUUGAACCCUGUGGAUAUCGAUGAGUGCUUGACCGAGGAGGACGAAGAAUUGACAGAUGAUGAAGAACUCGUUUUGAUGCACAAGUCGAACUUGAUUAAUAAGCAAAACGUGCCAGGCACAUCAAAUACAAUGACUGACAAGACAACACCAUUGAGUAAGACAAUGUUGAGCAGUUCAUUGCCAAAUACACCAUGUAAACCAAAAGCAUCUACAAUUGAAAUUAACGUCGAGGGAAAUGAAGGUGAAUCCGUUGAUGACAGUUACGAAACACCAAGUAAAGAACAUAUCGUAAAAAUAAAGCAACCCAAACCCUUAUCUACUACUACUGUUGCGUUAUCGUCAUCAUCGCCAUCUUCUUCUUCUUCUGCUGCUGCUGCUGCUUCUUCUUCAACAACAACAACAACAAAGAAGGAACCGUUAGCAGAUGGCUUGUCCACAAAGACAUCAUCAGCUCAAUUUUCAAUCUUCUAUGAUCAGUCACAUGAGCUUCCUCGUCCAUCGUCUGCUGCAAGUCGAAACUCAUUGACAGAUAUCACAAACAGGAGAGCUGUUUCAGAAGAGCCCCCAUCGAAGGUUUUGAAACAAAAUCUUAUCGAUGGUAAGUCUAACGCUUUCUCGUCGAGCCAUAAUAAUUACAAUAACAAUCGUACUCAACCUUCCAAACAUUCUCAAGAUGAAAAGCCUCAUUUUGAGAAAAGAAAAAAAUCCAAGACACAAACUCCGCCAUUAUUCGACGAUUCUGUGCUCCAGCUCGAAAACAUCUCUGAGAUCAACAAUAUCUUAAUAAACCAUCUUGCAUUUUCCAGAUUGAGCUCAACCCCGGCCUCGUUUCUCAACACAAUCAGCGCCGUGACUUCUAAAUUAUCAUUGAUGCAAGUGCGGUCGGUUUUGAACAAUAUCAAAUGUGUUGGAGUUAUUUACAGGAAAGGUAAAGAUGCAGCUGGUAAACCAUUGGAGGAAGAGUAUUACUACAUGCCGGAAAAUGACGAUGACCAAAGUAGAACACAAUUGGUUGCAAACUUGAAAGGCCAUGGAGGAUUAAGAUCGUGUAGAAGAACCCAUAAACAAUAUUAUUGGAAAAAACCUGCUCCAAUCAAGAAAACAUAA